AUGAAGAAAAGGGUUCUUUUGGCUAGAGAAGAAGAAAAGAAGACUAAACGUUCGAAGAAGGUUGCUGCUGAAUCUUUUGAGAAACCUGUCAAAGAAUCUAAAUCAACAAAGAGUCCGAAGAAAGUACCAAUUACAGAGGCCGAGCCAAUCCAACCAGAAGUUGUUGUUGCUGAUACCCUAUUGACUCAAAAUGAAAUCAUUCCUUCGAAGACUGGUGUUUUUCGAAGAAUCAAGAUGAAGUCAAAACAUAAGAGUCGAUCACCUCUAAUGAAUGUCGUUCGCAAACCACAGGUUUCGCAUCAAGGAGUUAUUUUUUGUGAUAUGCCUGCCCCUGCUUCACCAUCUUCUAAGAAGGGAAGGGCAAAUGAUACGGCCAAACACAUAUCGAAGAAGAAGAAAAAGAGUAGGUUGAUUAUUUCAUCAGAGUCUACUACUGAUGAAAAUGAAACAAUUCAAGAAACGCCAGAAGCUGGUCCUCAAAAAGAUUCUUCUCAUAUUGCAUCAACUGAUGUAAUACCACCCGCAGUUUCGGUUGCUAAGACAAUUUCUGUGGAGGCACGAACUUCUGACAUUUUUGUAAACAUAUAUGAUAUGGAUGCAAAUGUCACAAUGGGUGAGGAUGCUUCGCACACUGGAGACAAUGAGAACAAGAAUUUCAUGGAGGUUUUUACGUUGUUAAAGGAGCUUAAAACCUUAUCUUCAACACCUGCUUCGUCUUCUCUGCUCUCCUCUGAAGAUCUUUCAUGA